AUGGCAGCAAUGGAGGAUCUAGAGAUCAAUAGCAGGUCCUACUUUGUUCGCUGGAUCAACGUCAGUGCCGGCUACACCAUCUCAUGGACGAUCCAGCCACACAAGAAAUCGAUUAACUUCGGCCUAUUCAAGCACCCAGGUGGCUCAAAUGGACUGGCCUCCCAACUGCCUGCCUCCGAUUCUCAAAGCAAUGAUUCUAACGAGAACCUGCCCGCGACCACGGGGUCCCGCAACGCGCAGUCCACGGUCGUCGAGAAGCUUACAGCAAUUGGCCUCAAGUCAAUCAAGUGGACUGGAAAGUGUGAGGCUGAUAGGAUCACGAAAGGGACAUACGAUGUGACGGCUAGCGAGGCUGGUAACUAUGCGCUGGUCUUUGACAAUACCUUCUCAAAGCAGGUCUCUAAGACGGUUACCGCCGUAAUCCUUACUUAUCCGAUCGGACAGCCACCCCUGGGGUCGACAGAAUCCCUUCCCCAGCCACGUAACAGGCGACGCGGGAAUAGCCGCUCUAUUCCUAACGCUCAACAGGCGGACCUGCCGAACCCGUCAGUCGUGCACACCGGAUUGCUGCAGAAGCGCCGGCGCAAACGGCAUCAGGGCUGGGCACGCCGGUACUUCGCUCUUGAUUAUAACACAUCCACUCUCUCGUAUUAUCAUGAUCCAAACUCGCCCGCACUGCGGGGUGCAAUUCCACUCUCGCUAGCAGCGGUGGCUACCAACGACACAUCGCGCGAGAUCUCCAUCGACUCUGGCACUGAGAUCUGGCACUUGCGCGCGAUCAAUGACAAUGAUUUUGAAGCGUGGAGACGCGCUCUGGAGAAGGCUUCCACCCAGAAUUCCAAGGAAAAGUCAAGCUUAGCUGUCGCUGGUGGUGCCCCGGAGCUAAGUCUAACGGGCCCCGCGCAUGCUCCCUCACCUGCCGAGGAACAGGAAUGGACGCGUGUUGAGAGCCUUGUUAGCAAACUGUCUGCGACACGCGAUGCGGUGCUUCGGCUAGCUAAAGACACUGAUCCAAAAUAUUAUACGUCUCCGGUCCCGACGCCCCUUGCACGGGAACGCGGUCGUGGCCGGUCCCCUAGUCCUCACCAACCUGGCAGCGAUGAGGCUGGAGAUCCCAGGAGACCUUUCUGGAAACGCAAAGCCAGUGGGGCCUCUAACACGAGUGUCAAACCAACUAACUCUAGUUCUUCUCAGCUGGUAGUCCCCAAGAAUGGCAGCGGCAGGCCCGCUAGUAUUGCGAGCAAUACUGACGGUGCGGACCACGUACAUGACGAUUUGAUGGCAGUGCUACGCGAUCUUGACAAUACUGUCUCCGAAUUUUCUGCCCUCAUUGCGCAGAGUAGGGAGAGACGACAAGCGCAGGCAAAUCCGCAACGGGCUACCAUUGUUUCUCGUCGCAGUAUGGAUUCGGACAUGUCAGAGGAAUUCUUUGAUGCCGUUGAUGGUGACAGAUCUCAGCUUCUCACACUUCAGGACGACGGCGAUGAUGGUGCAGUCACUGCGAACGAGGAGGUAGACGACGCACCCUCAGACAGUGAGGAAGAGGCUGAAGUUCCGCAUGAUAGUAGUGAUGCCUCGCCUCUCUUCCCUGCUCGUCCAAAGUCCCUUUCUCCGCUGCCCUUGGAUCGUGUGCGUCGCCGUGAAAACAUCACUGCCCCAACCGUCUUACCCCCUAGUCUCAUUGGCUUCUUGCGUAAGAACGUUGGCAAGGAUCUCUCCCAAAUAUCCAUGCCUGUUUCCGCGAACGAGCCUCUAUCAUUGCUUCAGCGUGGUGCGGAGAUUAUGGAGUACUCAACGCUACUGGAUAAAGCUGUUCAAACGUCUGAUCAAGUUGAGCGACUGAUGUAUGUCACUGCAUUUGCUCUAUCCUCACUGUCUAGCAGCCGGGUCCGCGAACGCUCCAUUCGUAAACCCUUCAACCCCAUGCUGGGCGAAACCUACGAGCUCGUUAGAGAAGACCUAGGAUUCCGCUUCAUUGCCGAAAAGGUCUCCCACCGCCCCGUCCAGCUCGCAUACCAAGCAGACAGCCGUGAAUGGAGUCUUUCGCAGUCCCCCAUGCCCAGCCAAAAAUUCUGGGGCAAGUCCGCCGAGAUUAUAACCGACGGUCGUGUUCGAGUCGUUCUCCAUUCUACCGGUGAACGCUUCAGCUGGGUACCUGCUACCUCGUUCCUGCGCAACAUCAUCGCCGGCGAGAAGUACGUUGAGCCAGUCGGUGAGCUAACAGUCCAAAACGAGUCCACCGGCCAGCGCACAGUGUCCAGCUUCAAAGCUGGCGGCAUGUUCUCCGGCCGCAGUGAGGAGGUCUCUAUUCGCGCCAUAGACACUCACAACAAACCCCUCCCACUUGGUAUGACUGGUUCCUGGCCAACCUCCCUAACCAUAACCCGUGACGGCUCGCCAACCGGCCAAACAAUCUGGAAAGCAGGGGACCUAGUGCCCAAUGCACCAAAACACUACGGUCUGACAUCCUUCGCUGCCUCCCUGAACGAAGUCACCUCAAUUGAAGAAAACCACCUCCCAGUCACAGAUUCCCGUUUACGACCUGAUCAGCGUGCCCUGGAAGAAGGUGAUCUUGACCGUGCCGAAGAGAUCAAGGUCCAGCUUGAGGAAGCCCAGCGAUCCCGUAGACGUACAUAUGAAUCUGCGGGUGAGAGCUGGGUUCCGCGCUGGUUCACGCCUGUGAAUGAUGACUCGGAUGGAGAAGUUGCCUGGCGGUUGAAGGGUGGUAAAGAUGGAUAUUGGGAUGAGCGUGCUCGUGGCAGCUGGCUUGGAGUUAUUCCGGUUUUUGAGACUGAUUGA